CCGAUCCCCUCACAGAACCAGAAACAAGCAUAUGUUACAGCAGUUCAUCAUGCCUUCCGCUGCUGUCCAACCCAAGCAAAUCCUGAAGCGAGCACCGUCACAGAAGGAAUAUGAGUUUUUGCAAGAAUGGGCUCCCGAGACUCUGAAGAACUACGAAGUACCGUCCCAACAGACUGUUUUUCGACCUCCUCAGGCUGCUCCAGUCAAAGAACAGGGAAUACCCACUCACAGGCAUUCUAAAUUGCGCACCUCUUCCUUGUAUGAAGAUUGGAAAGCUCACGCUGCCUCCUUCCAGGGAGAGAACGCGAACAAGGAAUGCACUCCUUUUCCCCACGCCCCGGCACAGAAGGUUGACCACUUGCCACAUUCUGCGAGCUUGACAGCUGCUACGGUCGCUGCUGAGAAACCAAUUCAUUGUCUGCAGUCCAGAACAAACGCCAAGGACUCCCAGCAGGUUUGUUCGAAGAGCAAUACUCUCCAUCCUCACCACUACGCUCAAUCUACCGUCAGCGCUAGCAAUCGAUUCAACACUAUUCAUGCGGUUGAUAUGAAGUUAUCCAAAUCGGUUGCUGAUCCUGCCAACACGCUCAAGCCUACUGAGCCCACCAAGAAAGCUGUCGAAAGCAGACAGAAGCCACGGACUGGGUCUGUUUGCUACACCGCGCCUAAUGGCACCCGUUUUCCUCGUCACAAUGACUUGCUCAAAUGGUCAAUCGGAGUCAAGAAUCAACACAAUGAUCUAGUGAUCUUCCUGCCCGUCUUUGUCGAGAGCCCAUGGAAGGGCCUUAAACCUAUUUUGACCACAUGUGCUUCGCGGUACUGGUAG